AUGUCCUGGAAAGACUCCAACCGCUAUAAGCGCAUUCUCCACGCGGCCGAGAUCGGCCACUACGGGGUCAUCGCCGUCAUCGCUUACAACCUCGAACAAAUCCUGGGCUUCGUCCGAGCCGCAGAGACCGCACGCUCACCACUAAUUAUUCAACUAUUCCCUUGGGCCAUCGAGGUCACAGAUGGUUUGCUAGUUCGUGCCGCAGCCGACGCCGCCAAGCAUGCAAGCGUACCUAUCAGUGUUCACCUCGACCACGCUCAAUCCGAAGCUAUUAUCAAGCGCGCAGCAGAGCUUCCAUUCAAUAGUAUCAUGGUGGACAUGUCGCACUACGACAAGGAAACAAACUUGAAAAAGACGCGUGAGUUGGUACAAUAUUGCAACGAGCGCGAGAAGGCCACGGAAGCCGAGCCGGGUCGUAUCGAGGGGGGAGAGGAUGGAGUCAUGGAUACUGCGGGAUUGGAAGCAUGUUUGACGACCUCUGAGGAAGUAGACGAGUUCAUCGGCACGGGUGUGGAUGUCCUUGCCCCCGCUUUUGGCAAUGUCCAUGGUGAAUAUGGCCCGCGAGGCCCGCAUCUUGAUUUCGAAAGAUUUGAGAUGGUGCGAGCUCGUGCAAAUGGUAGAAUCAAUUUGGCUAUACAUGGCACCAAUGGGUUUGCCCCGGAGCUGAUCAAACGCUGUGUGGCUGCUGGUGUCACCAAGAUCAAUGUAAACCGACUGGUCUUGGACGAUUACUACGACCAUCUUCGGGAAAAUGUGGGAAAGAUGCCGCACACCCAACUUAUCGAGGAGGGCAUUCAGAAGGUGACGGACCUGACCAUCAAAUGGAUGGAGAUCUGCGGUUCGGCGGGCAAGGCAUGA